AUGUUGUAGAGAAUGGGGAGAAAACUCAUAGUCACCAGAUUAUCUUUUUACAUUACACAGGACAAGCUGCAGAAGUUGUUCGCUCCGUUCGGACAACUUGCUAGUGUUAAUCUCGUGUUUGAUCCUAGAACUAAAAGACCCAAAGGGUAUGGGUUUGUCUCCUACAACACUGAAAUUGAAGCGGAAAAGGCUCUGAAAGCCAUGAAUGGCAGGAUUGUUGAUGGAAGGCUGCUUUUGGUUGAACCUGCCGGCGAUAAAUGAUCUGGGAAGACCCUGCCUCAUACUCGUCCAUGAACUAAUCUUUUCUGUUUUCAUCGUACCUAGGGUAAAACUUGAUCAAUAAUCAAGGCUCCUCGUGUUUUUUUUUCUCUUUUUAUGUUCAUGGCUCCUGGGUUUCUUAUGCUUUGUCUUCAAACAAUGAACAAUAGUACAUCGUGAGAAACACUUAUAAAUCUCUGUAGUUUGACCCAUUAGUUAUUAUUUAUUAUGUUGUUAUUAUUUAUUA